AUGUCGCGUCGACCGCAAACUCCUUUCAUGGAGACCCUCUUUUCCCAUUCAUCAGGAAGUGGUCCCUCGGCUGUUCCACAAUCCGCGCAAGCAUUCAAAACAGGCGACAUACUCUUUUGGACCGGCCACAAAGGAAUUACACCUCCCCCGUCACCACCACCACAAUCAUCUUCCUCUUCUUCGCCUCCGUCAACCAACAACUCAAACGAUGAUGCUAAAAUCCGUGUCACUGUGGUUAGGAAACACGAAACCGUUAUUGCGGCGCCACGUUCACACAGAGGAGCAAAUUUGAACGGAGCUUCGAUUACCAGUACCAGUAGAAUUAUCACACCCGAAGAAGUUAGCGUGUUUUAUGAUAUACGAAUCGAAGCGGAGACGAGCGUCCAAAGGGUCAAUGGGAAGGAGUUAAGAUGGCUUUGUGCGGUUGAGUAG